GAUUUGUUCGUUUGUUUGUUUUCAUUUUCUCUCUCUAAACCAAACCCUAAAUAAACCUCACCAUUCACCCUUGCCACCUCUAUUGCAUGCCAUUUUGUUUUGUCCUUCUCUUUACCUUCUUCUCCUCUCUUAAAUUUCUCUCCCUCAAAGCCAUUUCAUAAACAACAAACAAGCAAAGCAAGAAACGCAUAGAAGAAGCGGUUUCUCUUAAUAAACCAAAUACCAAUCCUUCCAAAACACUCCAAUUUCAUUUUCAUCUUUCUUUUUCAUGGCUGUUGAAGCACGGCAUCAUAAUCUUUUCCCUCCUCAGCUCUUAGGAAACAGGGAAAUGAACCCCAUUGAAUCAAACGCAAGUUUUUACAAUACGCAGAUGGGAUAUGGGCUACCAUUAUCAGGAACAACGACGGGUAUUGAGACUCUUCAACUCCCCGCCACCGUCUACGGUUCUGGGAUUUCCGACUCACUCCCUCAAAAACCAGUCAUCAAAUCCGAUAGUUCUUUAACAUACAACAACAGUAAUAAUCUCCUUGUUCAAUCAAGAAAACGUUCGAGAGACUUCUGCAAUCCUCCCCUGUCUUUCCCGUCGUUCCAAAAUCAAAGUCACAAAACUUGCACCGCCAUGCCCUUCUCCUUUUUCGGCCACGAUAUAUCCCCUCAGAUCCAAGAACAACAAUCCGAUCUUGACCGCAUCAUUUCUCAACAUAUGGAGAAAGUGAAGAUGGAGAUUGAAGAAAGAAGGAAGAGACAAGCCAGAAGAAUUCUGGACGCGAUUGAGGAGAGUUUAAUGAAGAAACUGAGAAUAAAAGAAGAAGAAAUUGAAAAAAUGGGGAAAUUGAAUUGGGCGUUAGAGGAAAGAGUGAAAUCAUUAUGCAUAGAGAAUCAAAUAUGGCGAGACUUGGCGCAGAGCAAUGAAGCUACGGCCAAUGCUUUACGUUCAAACUUAGAGCAAGUCCUCGCCGCAACGCAGGCCAACGACGCUCGUACACCGGGAGGAGGUUGCCAAGACGACGAAGUCAUUGACGACGCUCAGUCGUGUUGCGGCAGCAGCUGCGAUGGAGACGACCAGAAGCGGCGAUUGGACAGUGGAGAUAAUUCAAGCGGAAUGUGUCGGAAUUGUCGGAAAGAGGAAGCUUGCGUGUUGUUAUUGCCGUGCAGGCAUUUGUGUUUGUGUACCGUUUGUGGGUCGGGUCGUCAUACUUGCCCCGUUUGUAAUUCCGUUAAAACUGGUAGCGUUCAUGUUAACAUGUCCUAGACAAAUGACAAAA